AAGACGCCGCGCAGACGAUCCAAACCCCCCUCUCUCCUCCCCUUCCGUCGCUCCUCCAUCCUCCCCACCGCUUUCCAUGCUUGUCAAGAAGUUUGCCCUCCUCGGUGCCCUCUUGGCAUCAGCCUCUGCGACCGAGCUGGCUUGCAGCAGCAAGGACACCACCGUCUGGGGUCCGCAGAUCACCUACAAUGGACAGAGCUACACCCUGCCCUUGGGCGAGUACAACCUCUUCCUCGCCAGGGACUACCUCAACUCGACCUCCGAUGUCCAGGGUCGAGGUGCCAUCGGCGGCGACAUUGAUGUCAUUGCUGACUUUGGUGCCCAGCUCUUCCACAACUUUGGUAGCUUGCCCACGAGCUGUCCCGCCAUCGUUUCUACCUUGAGCGCCCACAACAUGUACCCCGGCCUGCGCUAUGCCCUCACCGUUGGUGGUGAUAUGAAGAGCUUCCCUGUGCGAGUUGCCUAUGGCGAUCUGAUCCUCGUCCAGUCCGACCAACCCGCCAGCGACUACACCUCCUUCUAUCCCAAGACUGACCCAUGCAAGCCCUACCAAGUUGCCCCGAACCAGCUGCCUGUGGACUUCACUUCAGCCUUCCAGUACCUCAACACCCUCUCGUCCAACCUUGCCAGCCUCCCCGCCACCGGCACUUGGGCCUCUGGCCCCGCUCGUGUCCAGGACUGUGUGCUGACCCUCCACGGCGGCCUCGACACCGAGGUCGUCUCCAUCGACGGCAACCUUCUCGCACAGUGUGAUGGCCUCUUCUACUCUCAGAGCUCCUUCAACGGCACCCUGAUCCUCAACGUCAACGGCACCACCACAGGCGUUGCCAACAUCAACAUCGAAUCCCUUGCUCCCAACGGCAACCACAUCAUCUGGAACUUUUACGAGGCCACCUGGGUCCAUAUCGGCGACGUUUCGUUCCAUGGCACCAUCCUGGCUCCCAAGGCUCACAUCGACGGUCCCUCUGGCCAGAUCAACGGCAACGUCUUUGCGGACUGCCUGAACGGAUCGAUCCAGAUCAAUCUGGCUCCCUUCUCUGGAUGCAUUCCCACCAAGCCCGUUCCCACCUCGACCCCUUGCACAAAGACUGCUACCACCACUCCUUCGGCCACUCCAUCGAUCACCUCUUCCAAUGCCCCCACCUACACGUCCACCCCGACCCCGGUCACCACCACGGUCCGCCCCAGCAAGUGCCCCAUUCCUCCCUCGAGCUCGACCACUACCGCUUCCUGCAACGGCAAUUGCCCCUCGACCUCGUCCAAUGCCCCUACCUACACUCCUACGAGCACCCCUACCGUUCCCACCUCUACUCCUUGCACAAAGAGCACUGUUCCCAUUACUUCAUCCAACGCCCCCACCUACACUCCUACGAGCACCCCUACCGUUCCCACUUCUACUCCUUGCACAAAGAGUACUCCGUCGAUCACCUCUUCCAAUGCCCCUACCUACACGUCCACCCCGACCCCGGUCACCACCACGGUCCGCCCCAGCAAGUGCCCCAUUCCUCCCUCGACCUCGUCCAAUGCCCCUACCUACACCAUUACUAGCACUCCCGCCGUUCCCACUACCACCCCAUGCACCAAGUCUCUGACCUCGGUCCCCGUUUCCACUCCUUCCAACACCCCCUGCACCCGGUGCACCGCCCCUCCUGCCACUUCCUCCAACGCCCCGACCUUCACUCCCACUAGCAGCCCCAUCAUCUGCACCCAGUCCUACGUCACCGUCACCUUUACUCCCACCACCUCGGCUCCUUGCAGCGGCCCUUCGUGCCCGGCCACCUCGCCCAACGCCCCGACCUUCACCCCCACGACCACCCCUAAUGUUCCCUCCACCCCCUGCACUGAAUCCCUGACUUCGAUUCCUGCUACAACCCCUUGCACCAAGUGCACUCCUCCUGCUACCUCGUCGAACGCUCCUACCUUCACCUCCACUGCCACUCCCACCAAGCCCGCCACUCGCAGUGUCUGUGUCGUUAGAUCGAAGGGUGGCGUCAAGACAAUCUAAACUCAGCUUAUAGCCCUAUUCUAAACACAGCGUUUGCGACUCGUGUGUUUUCAGCGCUGUCCAAAUCUCUGUGAUAUAUUCGGUAUUCCCGUCCUUUCUCAGCGUUCUCUCGUUUAACUUGAGUUUCCCGUCCCUUCCUCCUCCUCCAUCAAGAGCUUCUAUGCGCUUAUGUAUGGUUUGUGUGCCUGCCUUUGUUUUCUUCCCUUCUCCCCCUCCUGUCUAUUUGUCCAAUAUGUGAUUUUGUAUCCCAUGCCCGACUUUCAACGCCCACGCCCCACUCCCCUUUUCUCAUUCCCGUUCCUCCUCCAAGAUAACGCUGACUGAUAGAAGCGUCCUAGCGCGUAAGAAAGGCUGUCGUCCUCUGGUUCGCUGCUUCCUCCACUCUCAGUGACAAGAGAGAGAAGGAAAAAAGAGAUCGACCAGGUGGCUUCAGUAAUUUGUUUGUAUUGCUUUGGUUUUUGGUUCUUUUAUUGAAUAAAAAGAUGGCGCAUCCCAAUUCA